AUGAUCCAGGCAUGGGAGCAGGUCCAGGCCCAGGCCAAGGCCGAUCAGGCCAUCCAAGCCAGCCAGUUGACUGACGCGAACCCCUGGCUGCGGAUGACUCAGUGGGCUGACUACCUGCAGGGCAUCCAGGCACGUGACCUGCUUGCUAGCAUGGCAGCCCCAGAGGAAGACCCCAUGGAUGCCACUGAGCAGGGGGUGCAGGUGAUCUGGGAUACUAUGGAGCAGGUGGCCCGCAAGAGCCAGCAGAUGGUCCAGCAUUGCGGCCAGGCCAUCCGGGUGGAAGCCAUCCGGUCCGAAAAGGGGCAGACCCCGCACCGGCCGCUGCUGGCAUAUAUGGAUGAGGCCGCGAUCAAGAAGCAUGUGCAGCCAUGGCAGCAGAUAUUAGCAUUUAUUGCCCGGACCCAGGCCCCGCAUGACUGGACCAGCCCCCGAUAUGGGAUGACCGCACGGCAGCGCCAGAAAUGGCGGCAGCUAUGGCAGCUCGCUAGCCAGGCCCCAGGCAGCCAGGGCAGCCAGGCCGCAGUGCCAGGGGACCUAGAGGCAUGGGCCAUGACUGCUAUAGAAAAAGCAUGCUUAGAAUUUUGCAUUGAGCUGCUCAACCAGCGCCAUCGCAGCCAUGAAUAUGAGAGUGCAUUAGUAUGCGCCAUGGCUGUGCUGGGCCAGGGUGAGGCCGGCUGGCGCGACCCCGAGAGCUACCCCCCAAUAUUAUCCCGCGUGAUCAAGGUGGCCCGAUUCAUGGUGGUGCAGAAGGCAUUAUGGAUGGACCCCAAUCCAUGGCAGAUCAUUCAGACCUGGGCGCGGAAGGACCAGAGCGCAGAAUGGGUGCUGGCCAGCGCAGAUGAUCAACUCAGGGAGAUUGAUGAGGGAUAUGGCAGCAAUGACCCCCCAUCCACCCCAGGGGCCCCAUCAUCGCCCCCGUCAUCCAUCCAUAGUGAUGACCCAUUGCCCGCGGUCCACAUUCGCCCGAGCCGCCGGCCAUUCCAGGAGCAGGUGACAUGGAUGAUGCACCAGUUUAUGAUCUGUGGGACCCACGGCCCCAUGGAGACAUUGCUGGACUGGCACACAUAUGGAUUAAAGGUCCAUUAUAAUCAUACGGCCCCCGGCCAUGUGACAUGGAUGGGGGAGGACCAACUGUUAUACCAGCAGAUGGCAUUCACCAUGGGGGAUUUUCAGGGGUUCAUCCAUGGGUUAGUCACGGCGGCGCGGGAGAUACUAGGCUAG